GCAGCAAUGCAUUCUGUCAAAGUCUGAAUGAUAAUAACAUAAUACAGAAAUCGUAUUUUUCCUGUGAAUAAAUCAGUAUAAUUUCGAAGAAAUGGUCUGCGUUCCUUGUUUUAUCAUUCCGUUACUAUUAUUUUUGUGGCAUCGAUUCAUACAACCUAUUGUUCUACGAUUUUGGAAUCCGUGGGAGAAGAAAGACGAGGAUGGAAAUGUGAUACAAGCUGGUCCCGAAUUUCCUUUCCAAUGUAAAGGUGGUGUCUGUCCGUUUCCAAUCAAGGAUAAAAGCAAACAUGAUGCAACUAAUGGAACUAACAAUUCUUGUAUCGCUGCUGCUAAAACAACAACGGAAGAGGACACUAAAAAAAUUCAGUGAAAGUGAGUUCCGAUUCAUGAAAGAAUAUUGAUUACAACAAAGAAAAAGUUUCUUUUGAUAUAAUAAAGAUUCAGAUACGGUGAGAAUUGUUGGCAAUGUAUAAGCUUGACCAAAUUAUUUAAUAAAAGAACAAUGUAUAAAAGAUAUUUAUAAUAAAGUCCAGAUGACUAUACAUGCAAAAAAAAACAUUUUUUGCAUUGAUAAGAGUUCGUACGAUG